CCCAGCUUCACUUUUUUUCCAUUUUCCCAAAUGUACCUUUCUUGCUUUGUACUGUAUUACUCGUACUCUGCCAGCUGUCCCAAAGCGGAAAAUUGUAAACAAAUCGCCCCCGGUCCAAGUUAGACGGGUCCCCUGCACCGGGCGACGUCCUUUGUCCCAGACAACCGACGAGACCUGCGCAAAGACGCCAGCCAGAUUAAUCUCCCUUCAAUCAGCUAAAUACAAUACCCAGGCUCAACCCUUUGUCAUUCUCCGAACCUCGUCACGAUCAUCCCGCACAUCGGUUCCAAGACGGCCAAACGCUCCCCUGUACUGUGAUUCCUUGAGCAGCAGCAACUUCACGACCAGUCCAACAUUCAGUGGUCGACUCCUGCGCCUCAUAAAAUCAAUCACAUACACAUCGAAGCCUUGGAACCGGUGCACAUCACCAAUACAGCCGCAAUGGCCGACGAAGGGCUUGCCGAGCACUACCAGGUGCUCGAGGAACUUGGUCGUGGUAGCUUCGGCGUCGUUUACAAAGGCAUCGAGAAGGCAACCGGCGAAAUAGUAGCCAUUAAACAUAUUGAUCUCGAAUCCAACGACGACGACAUUCAAGAUAUCCAAGCAGAAAUUGCCGUGCUUUCGACUUGCGCCAGCCCAUAUGUCACACAAUACAAGGGCAGCUUUUUGCGCGGACACAAGCUAUGGAUUGUAAUGGAAUAUCUCGGUGGAGGCUCGUGCCUCGAUUUGCUGAAACCAGCCAGCUUUAGUGAAACCCACAUCGCGGUUAUUUGCCGUGAGCUUCUUCUCGGCAUUCAAUACCUACACGACGAAGGCAAAAUUCACCGCGAUAUCAAAGCAGCAAAUGUCUUGUUGUCCGACUCUGGAAAAGUCAAGCUCGCCGACUUCGGUGUUGCGGCGCAACUUACAAACAUCAAGUCACAGCGCAACACUUUCGUUGGUACACCAUUCUGGAUGGCUCCAGAAGUUAUCCAGCAAGACGGCUACAGCUUCAAGGCCGACAUUUGGUCCUUGGGUAUCACCGCUAUGGAGAUGGCCAAUGGAGAACCUCCUCUGUGCCACAUUCAUCCUAUGAAGGUGCUUUUCCAUAUCCCCAAGAACCCUCCUCCAAAAUUGGAGGGCAACUUCAGCAGAGACUUCAAGGACUUUGUCGCACAGUGCCUCACAAAAGACUAUGAGCGUCGCCCUUCAGCUCGUGAGCUGCUACGACAUCGCUUUAUCCGCUCUGCGGGAAAAAUUGACUUGUUGCAAGAGCUCAUUGCAAACAGGCACUCCUUCGAUGCGGACCAAACACGUCCCAAGCACCCCAUCUAUUACCAAGAGACUCUACAGACUAUUUCUCCCAAGGACGACGAUGAGUGGAACUUUGACACUGUCAAGUCUGUUGUCCUUCCCAAGCGUCCAACUAUCAGACAGCACCGCAAACCAUCAUCCAUGUUGGCCGCAGAAGACGGCCUGCGCAAACUCAACAUCAACGAUGGACCACUGGGUCCUUCGUCUCCCGCCACAGCGGUAGGAACUAUUCGCAAGGCGACUGUCCGCCGCACUCCAUCGCUCGCCCAAGUUUCGGCCAUGCACGGCGGUGGUUCUCCCAAGAGAACCGUCUCUAUGAAGAAGCCACUGCAGACAGACAUGUCGUUUGGUAACUCGGGAUCGACAAUGAGAUUGUUCCGCCGCGUUCCUUCCGACAGUUCAACAAACGGUCAGUUAGGCCGUCCAGCCUCGCCUGACGAUGUAUUCUGCGACGAAAAUAUUCCUCCUCCCUCAGUUACAUCGCCUAUUGCCCCGUACGGUAAAGAGGCUGUCCUCGGUCGACGCUUGUACAACAAGGCAAUUGAACCUGGCAUGGCUGAGCUUCAUGCCCAGACAUCCGCAAUGCAGAAGCGUGAGGCACUCGCCAAGCUUUCUGAUGCAUUCGCUGCUUUGGAUGCCGUCGAUCCUGAGGGUGCUUAUCAUCUUAUGAGCAACCUCGUCACCGCCAUGGCCAGAGACAACAAGCUGGAUGCUGCGUUCCUUCGUACGACCAGCUCCAAGACUCCCGACGACGGAACUCCUCAAGGAACUGUAGUCAUUAAGGGUACUCCUCAAGGAACCCCAAUGCAGAGUCCCACAAAGCUUAUUCUGAGCUCCAACAACCCACAUCUACGAAGCCAUCGCCGCCGACAGGCUGAUUCUCCAGUAUCUAAGAUUACAGAGAAGGAGAACGACGAUGACGAGCGUUACCCUGGUCAGGAGGCUGAACAGGGAAUGGAACACAACAAGCAACUCUCCGAUGUGCUCUACAAGCGAUGGGCCGAUGGUCUGCGCAUUCGCUGGCCGGCAGUUUAAGCUCUGUCCGGUUCUAGGCACUAUGUACGAAGACAACGAGAUAACGGCAGAUUGGCAUUCCACUACGAAUCUUAAACUGCACUGGAUUUAAUGUUUCGCACUGACGAAAUAUGUACGAAUUUAUUGUAUGAGAACAUGUACUAUUCACAAACCCCAGCCCAGGAUCCCUUAGGGGAACACCAAAAAAAACACAAAGGAAAGACAAAAGCAAGCAAAUAACGGCAUCUCAAACAAACUAUUGAUGAGUCGCUAUUUGGCACUCUAUUCCACCCUUCACUGGCGAUUUCCCUCGCGGAAGACAUCUUACGAAACUACACCUCACGCACCCUUCGACCACAAGGCCUCGCGUCUGGUUACCCAUCAUGUACAAUAUGUCUCAAAUGAUAUACGCCCACGUAUCUUGCGAGUCAACGAUUGCGCAAUUUUGAUGUUUCGACUUUUUUUGCAAAAUUUUUAUUGAUUUUCUUUUCUUUGGUAAAUGCAGGCGUUUCUUGGCCACUUUGACUGGCUGCUUUUUUGAGUCGUUUAUUCUUUUUUAUCGUUAUUUUCUUGUCCAAAUUAUUAUUACACAUGGUAGAUAGACUGAUAUACAAAUGAAGU